AUGCUCAAGCCAGUCUAUGAGGCAGUCAUCCGAACCGGCUCGGUUCCGGUCCUCAUCUUUCUCGUUACGUUCGGCAUGACCCUGUUUGAAACAGCACGCGUACCGAUCCUCGAAGAAGCCGUCUGUCGCAGCCUGGCAGUCGAUGAUUGCCGCCACGACCGCACUGCCCAAGCCCGGCUGGCCAGCAUUAACGGGUGGAUAGAUUUUGCAACCGCAGUUCAAGGCAUCCUACUAGUACUGCCUUACGCCUGGCUUGCAGAACAAAUGAACAAACACCAGCUCCUGCUCAUCGGAUUUACCACAUCAAUCCUCUCGAUGGCCUAUUUCUUGGUUAUUACUCGAGCCGGAAGCACUGCUCUAUGCGGUGUACUUCUUGAUGGUUUCGCUACUGCCAUUAUCCCGGUGGCCAUUUCUAUUUAUGCCAUCAGCAUAGCCAUUAUGGCUCGUUCAUGUAUUCAUUGCGCUCAAAAAAGGGGGCGUAGAGAUUAUGCAGAUGGAAGUUGCCAGGGUCUACUGGACGACAACAACGAGAACGAUGAGGAUGCUAACAAUAAUAACGGCGGUAGUAUUCGCCUUGCGAAACAAACUCGUUAUACUAAGGCGAUGUUUCCAUUGGCGGCAUACAAAGAAAUGAUCGGACAAGGUGUUAUUGCCUGGGGUCUGCUCUUCUACUUUUUCAAGGUUGUCGCAGUUGAUACCCAAUUCAUCCAAACACAGUGGGUUGUUAGACGUUUUGCGUGGAACUUCUCAGCUGCCGCCUACAUUUAUGCCUACACAGCACUAUUUUGUUUGCUCGUACUCGCUGGUCUCCCGUUCUUGUCUUCUUACCUUAUCCGGAGGUAUAAUGGCAACACACAAAGGAUGGAGAUUACGAUCCUUCGCCUCAGUAUCGCUUCUCAUGCCAUCGGAUCUUUAGCCAUGGGUCUCGCACCAAGCCGUGCCUUAUACAUCGCUGCCGUAUCAUUCUCGGCGCUUUCAGUCGGCGCCAUAGAUACAUUCAAGUCUUUUCUUAGUGGAUUCUGCUCUCCGGACCAGAUCACCGAGCUAUACGCCACCUUCAGUCUUGUGGAAACGGCCACCCACGUUGUUGCUAGCCGUAUGUGGACAGCCAUAUUGAUUGCAUCUUUCGAUCUCAACGGAAUAGCUAUGGGACUCCCUUUCCUUGUAAGCGCUGGCAUUAGCGCUAUUGCAUUUUGCUUGAUUUGGUCCAUGGCGAGAUACACAAAACCCAUGAGCUCUUAUGCCCUGAUUCACACUAUCUAG